GCAAAACGGAAAAAGCUAACACAGAUGCACAGAAAUGGCUAAUGUAAUGAAGCCUCUGAUGAAUUGGCCAAAAUGGCAUCAGUAUUUAUACGUUCGCGCUUCAUUCAUCCACUUUGUUCAAUCUCAAUCUCAAUCUCCACUCUUCUCGACCUGCAAUGUUCGCCGACCGCCGUCGUUCACGGCAUCACCUUCCGGUUACCGGCAAGCUCAUUUUCGUUCCGGCGCGGCACUUAAAUCACGUGAAAGUCCAUUACCGUUAGAUCAAUCGGAGAGCGACAGCGAUUCCGAUGAGAAAACAAGGAAGAGUCGUAACGAGAAGAAGCGUGAAGCUCGACGCGCCGUCCGGUGGGCUAUGGAUUUAGCUAAGUUCUCUGUUCCUCAAAUUAAGCGCAUUCUCAGAGUGGCUUCAACAGAGCAAGAGGUAUACGAAGCCGUUAUGCUGGCCAAGAGACUAGGUCCUGAUGUACGAGAAGGAAAGCGAAGGCAAUUCAGUUACAUAGGCAGAUUAUUGCGAGAAGUUGAGCCUGAAUUGAUGGAUGGUUUGAUUCAGGCAACAAAAGAUGGAGACCAAACUAAAUUUCAGGCUUUAUCUGGUUCGGAACUUUCGGCUACUGAAGAUAUUGAUGAAGAGGUUGAAGAGACUGAAUAUGAGGAUGACGAAGAGAGUUCUGAGGACGAUAUUGUUUUAGCUGAUAGAUGGUUUGAUGGCUUGGUCAAUAAGGACGUUGACAUCUCUAAAGAAAUCUAUUCUCUAAGUGAGGUUGAUUUUGAUCGCCAGGAGUUACGUGGUCUUGUUAGGAAAGUGCAAUCAAUACGAGAAAAAGGAAGCAAUUCAGACAAGGAGGAAGGAAAAGUAAAUAGUGAUGUUGUCCGUGCAGAAAGAUCUCUCACUCGUUUCCUUCGAGAUUUAGCGAAGCAGCUUCAUAGCUAAAUAGAGUAUCAGAUUCAUCUGGGAGAGUAUACUCCAUACUGGCCAUCAAUAGAUCCUCAAAAAGUACAUUAAAACGUAUUUGUAAUACUUCCUAGUACACGCAUGUACUAUCUGGAAGUUACGUUUCAUUUCUCUGCCCCCAUAGCUUCUUAUUUCCCCUCUAUUAUUUUUCUCUAUUUUUCUAGGGUAGGAGGGGGUUUGGGGGGUGGGUGAAGGAGGAGAUUGUCUUUCUGCUGUAGAUCAACAUCCACUGUUUAAUGCCAUAAGCCAUGAACUUUUGUGUGGAACACUAGUACUGGAGUUUUAAUGUUAAAACCAUUGAAAAAUUUGCAUAAUGGUUGGCUGAUAGUGAGAUCGGGAAUGA